AUGGGCAAAGGAGACAGAACUGCUUGGAAAGCAAAUUAUUUUACUCGAAUCAUUUCUCUCUUUGACGACUAUCCAAAAUGUUUGUUAGUUGGCGUUGACAAUGUUGGUUCUAAGCAAAUGCAGGAAAUUCGUCAAGCAAUGCGAGGACAUGGCGAGAUUUUGAUGGGAAAGAAUACAAUGAUAAGGAAGGCAAUUCGAGGUCAUUUGCAGAAGAAUCCACUGCUUGAAAAACUGCUUCCUUAUAUUGUUGGCAAUGGUGCUCCAGCCAAAGCUGGUGCUUUAGCACCUCUCGAUGUCAAACUGCCACCGCAAAAUACUGGAAUGGGACCUGAGAAGACUUCUUUCUUCCAAGCACUUCAAAUUCCAACAAAAAUUUCUCGUGGAACUAUUGAGAUUCUGAAUGAAGUUCAUAUUAUUAAACUUGGCGAAAAGGUCGGCGCUUCUGAAGCUGCUUUGCUUAACAUGUUGAACAUUCAACCGUUUUCUUAUGGUCUUGCUGUACAGCAGGUUUAUGACACUGGAGCAAUUUAUUCUCCUGAUGUUUUGGACAUUACUAUGGAUGAUUUGAGGGCUCGCUUUAUGAAUGGAGUUCGAAACAUAGCGGCCGUCUCUCUCGGAAUUUCGUAUCCAACAAAGGCUUCUAUUCCGCAUAUUAUUGCUAACGCAUUCAAGCGUUUGUUGUCUGUUUCUGCUGAAACUGAUGUUACUUUUAAAGAGGCUGAGAAGCUUAAAGAGUAUCUAGCUGAUCCGUCAAAGUUUGCAUCAGCUGUGGCUGCUGCAGCUCCUGCUGCCGCCGCUGCGCCGGCAGCUGCAAAGGAAGAACCAGCCAAAAAGGUUGAAGAGAAAGAAGAGUCUGAUGACGAUAUGGGCUUUGGCUUAUUUGAUUAAAAUGGAAGUUUUUAAUGAAAUAAUUAAUUUGUUGCUAUUCUGUUGAAAAUAUAUUUUAAGCUGUUUUUUUCUUGAAUUUUUUCAUUUGUUUAUUUUUCAAACGUGUAUUUAUCUUUUCUUGCUUUUUAUGUUUAAUCUUUAUUUCUAAGCUUAAUUAGAUACUUUUUAAAGAAAUUUUUGAAGAAAUAUGAUUAUUUACAAGGACGUUUUUACAGGUAUAUCUUUUUAAUUAAGGGUCGGGUGAUUUCUAGGGUGGUACUUCUCAUUUUUUCUUUG